GUUGUUGAAAUUUAAGAUUCAUGUGAUUCUUUGUCUACAUGAUUGUAUAUGCUUCAGACUCUAAGGCAAAUGGUCAUUACUUUGUUCUGCUUCACAGGGCCACUUCCUUGUGCAUCCUUGGAAACUGCGUCUUCCCCAUCAUUCAGAGGGCCAAGAGGCCACAGGGCUUAGCCUGGGUUCUAGGAUUAUACUUGGUCCCCAGCAUUAACAUUGUAGUGCUGUGUCAUUUCCCCAAUAGCAGGUUAUAUGAUCGUCUGUUGAAGCAAGAAGACAAACUAUGAUGGAGAAAGGACAAGUGGACAGGAAAUCUGUCCAGGUACUACUGAUCGUUUAAACUGGAAUUCAGCCUGUAAUCCUGCGCUUUGGGAGGCUGAGAAGAAGCGUCAGAAGAUGUUGAGCAAAUAGAGAGGCAAGAAGACUGGGAGGCAAGUUGCAUCCAUCUCCGGGAGAGUCAGGGGAAAAAAAUCAGUGAAUAUAAGAAAACUGGAAAAUACUUCCUUCUCUGAUCUCAGACUUUAUUUAUUUUCAUGCAAUACCUUUUUGAACUUUUGAGCUUGAAACACAAUUUAGACCUAACCUUGAGGGAGGUUGUAUAGGAAAGAAUCAUCAAUUAGUUUAGAACUCUUCUACCACAGCUUACUCCUUACGGUGUUAAUCCUCUUUAAAUAUAAAUCAGUGUGUAAAUGUCUUUAGUUUAAAAAAUUUUUGCCCCAUCUGGUACCAGUGCAUUCAUACUUAGAGGGAAACCCUGUGAAUUUGCUGCAUGUGGGAAAACUUUUACUCACGUGUCACAUCUCAUUAACCAUACAAGUCAUGCUAAAGAGAAACCCUGUGCUUCUAAGGAAUAUUGAAAAGCCUUUAGCUAGAUGACAGAUCUUAUUGAGCAGCAGAAGAUUCAUGCUGGAGAGAAACCAGUGAAUGCAGCAUAACUUUAUUGAAUAUUAGAAGAAUUAUACCGGAGAGAAAGUUUUGAAUGUACUGAGUAUGAUAAGAUUUGCUCUCAUACCUUAUCCCUCACUCUGCAUUUGGAAGGAGAUACACAGAGAAGCCUUAUAAAUGUAAGAAAUGUGGAAAUAUCUUCAGCCAAAAGGAAAUCCUCAUUCAUCAAAAAUUUUAUACUGGAGAGAAACCUUGUGAAUGUGGGAGAGCUUCCAUUCAGAUGUCACACCUCAGUCAGCAGAAAGUUUACAGUGGGGAAAGCCCCUUUGCCUGUAAGGUAUGUGGAAAAGUCUUCAGCCACAAAUCAAAUCUCACUGAACAUGAGCAUUUUCAUACUAGAGAGAAACCUUUUGAAUGUAACGAAUGUGGAAAAGCCUUUAGCCAAAAGCAGUAUGUCAUUAAACAUCAAAACACCCAUACUGGAGAAAAGCUUUUUGAAUGUAAUGAAUGUGGGAAAUCCUUUAGCCAGAAGGAAAACCUCCUUACCCACCAGAAAAUUCACACUGGAGAGAAACCUUUUGAGUGUAAAGAUUGUGGGAAAGCAUUCAUUCAGAAGUCAAACCUCAUCAGACACCAGAGAACUCAUACAGGAGAGAAGCCCUUUGUAUGUAAGGAGUGUGGAAAAACCUUUAGUGGCAAGUCAAACCUUACUGAGCAUGAGAAAAUCCAUAUCGGAGAGAAACCCUUUAAAUGUAGUGAAUGUGGAACAGCUUUUGGCCAAAAGAAGUACCUCAUAAAGCAUCAAAACAUUCACACUGGAGAAAAACCCUAUGAAUGUAAUGAAUGUGGAAAAGCCUUCUCUCAACGAACAUCACUUAUUGUACAUGUGAGAAUUCAUUCAGGCGAUAAACCUUACGAAUGCAAUGUUUGUGGAAAAGCCUUCUCCCAGAGUUCGUCUCUUACUGUGCAUGUGAGAAGCCAUACAGGUGAGAAACCCUAUGGUUGUAAUGAAUGUGGGAAGGCCUUUUCUCAGUUCUCAACUCUCGCUCUGCAUUUGAGAAUCCACACAGGGAAGAAGCCUUAUCAGUGUAGUGAAUGUGGGAAAGCCUUUAGCCAGAAGUCACACCACAUUAGACACCAGAAGAUUCACACUCAUUAAACACCCCAUGGAUACCUUAAAAGUGGGAAAACUUUCAUCGGGGUUUAACGCCUCAUAGUGUAUCUGAAAUAAUCAUGCUGAAGCAAAGCACCACAAGUGAGGUAAACUUUAACAAAUACGAAAACUUAAGGGACAUCGGAGAAUUUAUACUGAAGAGAAAUACAUUCAUACGGCAGAAAGCCUGUGUCUAACAAAGAAAUGACAGCAAAAGUAAUGCUGAGACUUUAGAUGCAUUUCCACUAAAAUUGAGACCUGAAAACAGAUGCCAGUUAUUACUGCUAUCAGCAUGGAUCUGGAGAUCUUCACCAGUGUAAUAAGAAAAAUAAGUUGUAAAUAUUGGAAAGAGACAACAAUAGAUGAUAAGAUCAUCUACAAAUAAUAUAAGACUCUCGCGUCGAUUCAGAGCAGAAGAGACAUUGGAAAGAGACCUAUGCAUUUAUUAGAAUUUGAAAUAUGAUGGAAACUGCAUCAAGAAGUAGGGAAAUCAUGGCACUAUUUUAAAAAAUGAUUUGGAGGUAAUUUGUUCUCCAAGUGAAAAAACAUACCAUGAACUAGACACAAAAGUAAAAUCCACAAAGAUUAAAAACAGGAAUAUGGAAUAACUAUCUACUAAAAUGGUUAUGACCUUGAGAGUAGGGAAACAUUCCUUGUAACAACUUCAGAAAUACUUAAUUCUACUUGUGAGUAUGUAUGCUCAGGAAAUAUGUACUAGGAUAUUUACUGUGGCUUGAUUUGUAGUAGCAAAAAAAAAAAAAUGGAAACAAAUGCUCAUCAGGAGACAAAACAGGAAGUUCUUACAAUGAAAUACUAUAUGCCUGUAAAAAGCAGCAAAUGAGAUCUACCUGUAUUAACAAAGAUCUCAAAAUUAUGUUGGGGGAAAUCAAGUUGCAGGAUGAUACAUAUAAUACAAUGAAUUUUUGUAAAUUUGAAUGAAGUUUCCCCUCAAAAAUUCAGUACUAUAUACUGGUAAUGGAUUCAUAUAUGUAUGUAAAUGUUUUUUAAAUGGAUUGGAAGGAUACAGACCAAACUCUCUGAGAGUGGUCGCCUGUGAAGAGCUGAGAAGGGAAGGGAAUGAGGGGGAGGCGGGGUGGGGAUCGGUUAAAGGGGACUUCAGCUUUUUAUAUAUUAACAUCCACUUCUCUUUAAAAAGACUGCAAGUAAAUAUAUGAAGAUCUGAUUAAUUCUGGAUUGUGGUAUAUGGAUAUCUUGUCUUAUUUUUUGUACUUUUCUGUAUUUUUAAAAUUUCUCAAAAUUAAUAAGAAUGGGGGUGAGGAUGGGAAUGUUGUACCUGUAGAAUCAUGUUAUAAUAGAUUCAUUCCCAAUCAAAUGCUAAACUUUUUAUAUAAAAUAUUUCUAAAAUUUUAUCAACAAUGAGUGGAUGGACUUGCUCUCUAUGUAAUAUGAAAUUAUCUAUUUUAUUAAAAUUAAAAAUGACAGUG